UUCCAGCUCAGCACUACAACAACCAUGAAAUGAGCCUUCACAAUAGCUAAUGCUUUACAAUGAACUCUGUUAGAGAGCUACAUAUUGCUAUUUAUCUGUUCAGUGUUCAAUAUAAUGCCUUACUCACCUGUUGAGUAGUAAAUACCCCAUCUCCGCUUCGCUUUUACAACAUUUCAAACCCUAAUUUAUCCGAUAGGCUAUUGUUGAUUCUCGUUUUAUUAUGAGCUCUGUUUCGCCGAGGUUCAAGAUUUCGUGCCAGAUUUCUCGCUUCUUGUGACAACUAACUUAUGCCUCUCCCACACCAUGAGUAGCUGGAGCAACUUUUCUAUAUGAAAAAUAAAAGGAAAAAAAAACAUUUCUAUAUGACGAGACACGCACAGGCGAGUGACGUAUGUAGACAAUGAAAACCAUCAUGCCAGGGAAAAUUUAAUCACCUAUAAUAGGCUCACAGAAAACUUUAUUAAUUUCAUUCCAUUUUCAAAAAACAUCACUUAGUGUGAUUUAUAAGCUGUUUUUCUCAUGGGAACCAAAAAAUGUCCGCACAAGCACAAGGAUUUCGAAUAUUACCAUCUUUGUGGGGACAUUUUGUCCUUACAACUUAAGAGUAUACCUGAACCACAUGUGAUUCUUUUUCUCGCAGGAAUAACAUUUAUAUGCUUUGGAAACCUAAAUGUCCCCAACACUUUGGCCAAAGUCAGAGUGUGUCCGAAUCAUGUCCGAAUUUAACUAAAGGGGAAAUAAAACUAGACAGUUGUCUCAAUGAAUUAAUCAAGAAAUCCAGAUUUGCUUUUACCUAGUAACAGAAGGGUUUGCUGAAAUACAUAUGAAGAACCAAUCACAUUGUAGAAAAAUGAUGUAAUUAAUCACCUUUGCCAUGCUCCUAUACUAAAAAACUGUUGUAUUUUUUUUUGCUGUUGGCAUUUUCUCUGAAGUCUGAGAUCCUCCCAGCCGUGAUUAAAGCAUAUUGAAGGCAUUGUCUACAGUCUUGUCUGAUUACUGCUGCGCAGCAGGUUAGUAGAACACUAAAGACCUUAAUCCCAAGGGAUAGUGUUCAUAGGGGGUGAGACGUCGUCUUACUCAAAGCACAGUAGACGCACUCGAGUUCGUAAGUGUCGAUCAGGAGGCGAUACACUUAGCUUAACUGAAGUCAGGUGCGUGUGUUUACAAACUUUCGCAACCUUUAAACAAAGUAUUGAAGAACAGCAUUUGCCAUUCAAAGCUGAAUUGUGGAAUAAUCACAGGAGUAAUUUGAGUGUCUGAAAAUUAAAUGAAAAUCAACACAAUGGUCGUUCUGCUGCUGGUGCUGCUGCUCUGUGUUGGGAGCUCAAUUGCUCAAGAUUUAUUGUCACCAACUGUGAACAUUAUUGCUGAGCUCGAGAAGCUAAAACACAUGGAUGAAAGGAUACAAAAACUAGAAGAAACACUGACCAAAGUAUUGAGUGAGAAUGAAGCUUUGAAAACCUUAGUACAAGAUUCACAAAACAAGCUUGAAUCUCUCCAAAAAAAGAAUGAAGGCAAAAAGGUUGCUUUCUCAGCUGGACUUCUGGCUUCUGGAACAGGACAAAUUGGGCCCUUUGGUACUGACAAAAUUCUGGAAUACAAAAAAGUCUUUAGUAAUGUUGGAAAUGCCUAUGACUCAAAUACCGGUAUUUUCAUAGCACCAAUAAAAGGAGUCUAUUACUUCAGAUUUUAUGGUCAUUGUCAUGGUGGAACCACAAUGGCGAUCACUCUCUUGAAGAAUGGUCAAAGCCAGUGCUCUGUGCAUGACUGGAAGCCUGUUAGCAAUGGUAAUGCCAGCAAUGGUGUCGUUCUCACACUGGAGAUCGGUGAUAAGAUUUAUACAGUACUUUGGAAGAACACCUGGGUUUAUGAUGAUCUUGCAAGUUACACUAGUUUCAGUGGCUUUCUGAUUUUCCCCUUGUGAGCGUCUGAAUCUUGUAUAACUCCUAUCCAGUGCCGGAUGUGAUGCAAAACAAUUUUAUGGAACUUAAUUAUUCCCAUGUAAGUGAACAGUAUCUGAGUAAAUAAGAGCAAACAGGGGCAACGAAAGGGAGAUCAUUGUGUAUACUUCUUAGUUACAAAAUGUUUAAGUCUGGAAUUCUUUCUUAAAUCUGAAAAUAAACUAAACAUGUCACCAAAA